AUGUCGACUCCUACAAACUUCGAAACUUGGCGACAAACAAAUGCCCUUCACAUCGUCCCCAUGGGGGGAUUAUAUUUUCAUGAUUUCGCCGAAAAGGCCGCCAUCGGAACCGAACAUCUUGGAUCUUGUUCUGUCGUGGUCAUUGCAUCAAAGUUGGGUGCAAUUCUCGCACAUAUUGCACCGCAGCCAGCAGCAACAAAUGAUCCCUUUGCUGGUGAUGCCAACGUCCGAACUACGAUGGGCGAUGUUGCUGCGCUAUACCAAAAUAAGCGCGAAUACUUUCCUUCGGCCGCCACUAUCGUUGUUUGUGCACUCUUUCGAGGAGAGGUGGCCUUGCCAGACCAACUUAAUAUUAUGACAGCAAGCCUUAGAGCAUUGAGCCUUGAUCCCCGUGCGAUAUCAUAUGACGUUCCUGGGGACCCUACAAUCCGUGGUAAGGGGACGGUGAUGGUUAUGAACAAGCGCGAGUGGGACCGACCCAAGAUCAUAGUGGAAGAGAGGACGGUAUUUGGAUAG